GUCUGCCAGACUAUUUUUAUUUUGACUCCUCUUAACAUUUUAUUCACUCUAUUUGAUUUACACAACGUGCGUCCGUUUGCAAUAAAAACUGUAUUUAUUGAUACCAAAAGUCGUGACGAGUGAUAGAUAGGUGUAGUUCAAAGGAUUUUUGGUGCUAACCUCAUCGUUUUUUUUUACUUGUGUUUUGAGAGAACUGCAAGACUGUGAUCGAUAUGUGCAAGAUGUACUACAGAUGACUCUGCAUUAUUAUACAAUCUCGUGGUAUUUUCUGAUGCGAGGUCGCGGGUGAUUGGCUGGGAUGCAGGGCGGCGCGCCAGCCUCCGACGCCGAUCAGGCGCAGUUUGAGGCGGACAAGCGCGCUGUCUACAAACACCCCCUCUUUCCGCUCCUAGCCCUACUCCUGGAACGAUGCGAGCAAGCCACAGCUGGAGCCGAGCCAGUAGCAGCAGAUGCGUUCGGAGCAGAUCUGCAGGCCUUCGUGCAACAUCAGAGACGGGAUCGAAGACCGUUCCUGACUGAUGAACCAGAGAUUGAUGGACUUAUGAUUAAGAGCAUACAGGUACUCCGCAUACAUCUGCUGGAACUGGAGAAGGUGCAAGAGCUAUGUCGCGACUUCUGCGGACGGUACAUCGCCUGUCUCAAAACCAAAAUGCAGAGCGAGAACCUGCUUAGGACUGAUUAUUCCGCUGGUGGUGUGGAAAGCAAUAACAACCUGUCUGGUACAAUGGACGAUCAUUCUAGCACUUCAAACUCGCCACAGUAUCAGUCGCCCCCCGCGCCCGCGCUUCCGGCGCCGGCGUACCCGCCCACCUUCCCCGCAUUGCCCGAGCUACCCUUCGCGCCUAUCGCCGGUCACGCACACGCGCAGAGGGAUCCUGCUUCACUGGUGGUGCAAGGCUCAACUCCAAUCGGUCAAAUCGGGUCUGGACUACUGCCUACUGAGUCCUUCACUGGCACAAACUCCAACAAUUCGUGCUCUUCAGUGUCCGGCUCACCUCCUCCGGAGGAAGACUGUGGGGAUGACUCUGGAGGGAAGAGAGGGGUUCUUCCCAGACAUGCCACCCAGGUCAUGAGAGCCUGGUUGUUCCAGCACCUUGUGCACCCCUACCCAACUGAAGAGGAGAAACGAACCCUCGCAGCGCAAACUCGACUGACGCUCCUUCAAGUUAACAACUGGUUCAUAAACGCGCGUCGCAGGAUCCUACAGCCGAUGCUGGACUGCAGCGAUAAACCAGGUGGUAAGAAGAGCAAAAAUGGUUCUUCCAUAAGCAAGCGUUACUGGCCAGAUGCGUUGUCCAACCCACAGUUUACAGCUGGUCUAUUAUCAUCCUCUGAAGAUGAAGAACAGGAAGGCGAGGGUUCGGGAGAUGAACAAGACCAGCCGAGCAGCGAGUCCAAUGAUCAUUACCCUUCAAUACCACAGAGCAUGCAUUAAAGUUGGGCAAUGUGAUCAAUAUUGGGAAGCAAUACAUCAAAACAUGAAGGCAAAAUUUGGGCUGUAAAACAAAAAAAAAACACAACUAAUGAGCAAAGAAAAACAUAGAACAAAUACCUAAAUCAUAAAGCGUUUUGCCUGUUUUAAACUACACUAAAAACUAAAGGGUGGUAUGAUGCAAUACAAUU